UAUCUUGAGUUUCACAAAGAUAUUUAGAUUGAAUGUCCCCACCAAUGUUGUUGUCUUAGAAAUAUCUUCCAUUCACCAGUGACUGUCUCUGCAUAUAUUGUUGAUCCUCUAAUGCAUGCUGCCUUAUCUCUUCAGCUCAAAUAUUGGUGAAACAUUGUAUUGCUACAAAUGGAGACUGAGUUGGUGAAACGCAGAAUUCACAUGAUCGCAGCCCACUUUGCUCCCAAGGAUGAUACUUCAGCUACACAUGUUCUGCCAAUGAACUGCAGUGGAAGUCUGAAUUCUGUGCUCCGGAGAUGCGAUAAUAAGGUGUAUUUUGCACGCCAAGCAUCUUCUUCUCUUGGCUAUUUUAUGAGGCAAACUUCAAUUGAAGAGGGUGGCUCAACUUUUGCUCCUAAAACUCAUCAUGGUGCUGGUGCUGCAUCUGAAUUCGCUUCUAAUGCAAGAGCACCAUGUUUUGCUAGACCUGCGAUGGCAGAAUCACUCUCAAAAAAUCCACUGGUCCAAUCACUGACUCCGGAGCAGGGCUUUGAUACACUUGAACCACCUACAUUUUCCAGGCCAAACAGACAGAUCAGAGGAGAUCAGUUACAUUCUGAGAAGAAAACUAGCUAUUCUGAAAUUGGUGGAAUUGAGUGGUCUCCAAGGAUGGAUGUUGCAGAAUCAGAAAGCAAAUAUGUUAUCACAGUGGAAGUUCCAGGUGUUAGUAUCAGUGACAUAAGAGUGGAGGUUGAUGAUCUAAAGUUGUGUGUCAAAGGUAGACGCUCUACUAGCUCUUGGACAAUUGCUGGUUGUCCAAAGGCUUCAUUUUCUUCAUACCAUCGGAGGGAAAUAUUAUAUGGACCAUAUGAGGUGGUGUGGCAGCUUCCUUCUGGUGUGAACAAGGACAGAAUAUCAGCUGAAUUUUUGGAUGGACUUCUACAAAUCAUAGUUCCUAAAAUCUUAGUAUGAGUGAGAAAUAUUGAUUUAUAGCACAUAUAUAUGUAUACGUAUAUUCAUAUAGAUAUAGAAGCAAAGGGUAUUCUGCAUGAGUCAUGUCAUGCCUUAUAUAUUGUAAUGUAAUGAAGAGAUAAUGAAUUUCAUAUACACUUUUAUUGCUAGACAGAAAAUUUUAUCUUUGAAAA